UGUAGUCUGCAGCUCCACUGAGCAAACACUGGCCUCUCUCAUCUGUACUGAUCUUCUCACUACCCUCUCCCUCUUUUCCCAUAAUUCAUUCUCAAGCUUUCUGCUGCCUCUGUGGUUUUACUCUAAGACUGGUUGGAUGAAAUUUUUCUUAAGUUGCUGUAAUAAAAUGGCUGUUGGGUUAGUAUCGCUGCAGUGGCGUGUGUUGUGUCUUGUGUAGCGUCUCUGAGCCUGGACUACGGAAGUAGACCCAGCAAGGCGUGCUUUGUUUACCUGCUGGGAAACAACCUGCUAGCCGUUGGGCAUCGUUAGGAGAAUGGACCUUGGAACGUUGCCCUGCGGCGCCUUGCUUUGACUAGGAAGUGCCGCAGGGUAUGGUAGGGUGCUUAAAUUAAUUAAAUGAUGGAAACAUGAAAGUGUUGUGUAGCAACAUGAGUUUUUAGGUUCAGUAAAUGAGAGAGGCCUUUCUGAGCCAUGUGUCAGGAGCGUGUAUGAGUAAGAGAAGAGAGGGAGCACUGCAGUUCGACAGCCUUCUGACAGUACACGGUACUACAAUGUCGUGUGGUGCAAGGCGUCGUCUAGGAAACACAAGCGCUGGGAAGGUGAUGCUGUUCUCGUAGCCAGGGGGCGGAGCGUCGUCCUCAAAGACAUGGAGGGACGGGACAUUGGACGAGGCUCAGGUUAUAAGGCGUCUGAGCUGGAGAGCCUGGACGAAGGUCAGACUCUGAUGGUGGGUGGGAAGCAGGUUGAGGUCAUGGGGGUCAUCUCGGACGAGGACUACGUUAAGGGCCGCUGCUUCCAAGAUGCUACAGUGAGCAUCUCCACAGACACAGUGGCCGGGGGCCCUCCUAGCCGGCCGGGGGCCAGAGCUUUCGCCUGGCCAGGACAGAAAGGCUCCGGCAGGGGUCCGGAGCCUGAAGGGCCCGUCCGGAAGCCCAGACAUGACCCCAAUGCCCCUGGAGCCCUUGUGAUGCCCCGGCCCUUGGCCAAUCAUCAGUGGCUUCAUAAUAAAACCGGACUCCCAUUGGUUGAUGUGGUUGUGGAUCCUCACCUGACCAAUCAUCUUCGACCACAUCAGCGAGAGGGUGUGGUCUUCCUCUAUGAAUGCCUGAUGGGAAUGAGGUUGGCUGGACGAUAUGGGGCGAUUCUAGCAGAUGAGAUGGGCUUGGGGAAGACCCUGCAGUGUGUGUGUGUGCUGUGGACCCUCCUGAGGCAGGGCCCAUAUGGUGGGAAGCCCGUCCUGAAGAGGGCGCUAGUGGUCUGUCCCGGCAGCCUGGUGAAGAACUGGGCCGCAGAGUUCACUAAGUGGCUUGGGAGAGAGAGGGUCAGAGUCUACACCGUUGACCAGGACCACCGUGUGGAGGACUUUGUCCACUCUCCUCUGUGUCCUGUGAUGGUGAUCAGCUAUGAGAUGCUGCUGCGUUCAGUAGACGCUCUGAAGCCACUGGACUUUGGCCUGCUGAUCUGUGACGAGGGUCAUCGGCUCAAAAACAGCAGCAUCAAGACCACCAGUGCACUCAACAGCCUCGCCUGCCCACGGAGGGUCAUCCUCACAGGUACUCCUGUCCAGAAUGACUUGCAGGAGUUCUUCUCCAUAGUUGAGUUUGUGAACGCCGGCGUUCUGGGAAGCUUGGCAGCCUACAGGAAGAUUUAUGAAGAACCCAUCAUCACAUCCCGGCAGCCUGCCUGCACUGAAGAGGAGAGGCUGCUGGGGGACGAGCGCGCAGCAGAGCUCGCCCGACUCACGGGCAUGUUCACCCUCCGCCGCACGCAGGACGUCAUCGACCGCUUCCUGCCUGAGCGCGCGGAGUGGACGCUGUUCUGCAGGCCCACGCAGCUCCAGGCGCGACUCUACUCCGCGCUGCUCUCCACCAGGGCCGUCAGGGCCUGCCUCUCCGCCCACGGCCCGCACGCCUCCGCCCACAGCCCCCACCUGGCCUGCAUCGCCGCCCUCAAGAAGCUGUGCAACCAUCCUGGGCUCCUGUACGGCACCGUACAGGAGAAGGUGGAGGAUCUGUUCGAGGGCCUCCCAGUGGAGCUCUUCCCUGAGGGCUACGUCACCCACCGCUUCUGCACAACCGACUCUGGGAAGCUGCUGGUGUUGGCAGACUUGCUGGCGGCCGUCCAGCACGUGAGACGCGCAGACAAGGUGGUGUUGGUGUCUAACUACACGCAGACUCUCGACCUGUUGCAAGACCUCUGCGCUCACCUCAGCUACACCUGGUGUCGGCUUGAUGGGCAGACCCCGGUUGCCAAGCGACAGCGAAUCGUGGAAUCCUUCAACAGUCCACACUCCUCCUGCUUCCUGUUCCUGCUCAGCUCAAAGGCUGGAGGGGUGGGGCUUAACCUUGUUGGUGCCUCCCACCUCAUUUUGUAUGAUAUAGACUGGAAUCCAGCCAAUGACAUCCAGGCCAUGGCUCGGGUGUGGAGAGACGGGCAGAAGAAAGCGGUUCACGUCUACAGGCUGCUGACUACAGGCACCAUAGAGGAGAAGAUCUACCAGAGGCAGGUGUGUAAGCAGGGUCUCUCUGGGGCAGUAGUGGACCUGGGCAAGAAAACAGAGCACAUCAGCUUCUCCACAGAGGAGCUACGUGAUCUUUUCACCUUCGACCCCAAUAGCACCUGCCUCACACAUGACAUGCUAGGCUGCCAGUGCCCAGGGGACGGUAGCAUACCAGGUGUGAAAGAGGUGACUGCCGCUGCAGAGAGAGCGUGUCAGUUGGGUCGUCGUGCAGACAGCAUUCCACAGCGCGUCAGCAUGUCUGAACUCAUGCAUUGGAGGCAUUUCUCUGGAAGCAUCCAAUCAUAUGGUGACAUUUACCUAGACCAUGCCCACAGCCAUAUUACAUAUGCCUUCCAAAGUACUUCAAAAACCCAAAACGCAUCCUGAAGAAAAUCCUCACAUGCACGGAUCAUUCGGAAACUGAAUUUGACGGUUGUAAAAAGUCUAAUGAAAUGAAUGUAAGCAAUUAAAAUGUAAAUAUAAAAGUGUAAUGUACCUGUAUUGCAACUAUAUGUUUUUAUUAAUAAUAAAGCAAGUUUUUGUGCUUAUUUGCCCACCUACUGAAAUCCAGUCUGAAAUUCUGGAGUACAGGCUGUACUGACCCUAAUCCCAC